AUGUUUGGCGUGGCUCUUGGGGCGUUGAGCCUCUGGCUGCUCGCCAGUGUGGCGGCUACUGCACAGGAAAAUGGACAACCAGCCAACCCAGGCUACGACGGUAGCGAAUACCGGACUGGGAACUGGACUGAGCUAACUUGCGAUGAACCAGCCGUCCUAGGCGACAACCUCUUUACUCCUUCACAGCGGUGGGGGAUGUUGGACUGCUCUCACGCCUGGCAGGACGCAAUCAAUACAUGGAAGACGUACGAUAGGCCGCGAGCUAGAGGUGACAGGACAGCGUUCCUGAGGUCUAUUUUCGACACAAUCGAAGGACCGAAAGAAGCAGACUGUGGCAUAUUACACGGCACGAAAUGUUGGAGCCCAUUGACGUGCAGCUCGUUCGACCAGAAAGGCACUGGCCCAGCAGCCUAUAUGAUAUGGAUUUCCAUAACCCAGGUUCAGGAUAUAUACAUAGAGAUUGAUUUCCAUAAGAACAACUGUGAACUAUUUGUCAAUUUGCACUUGAUGAAUUCGAGACAUGUUGCACCGGUAUCGCCGCCUCCCGACCCGAAGUGGCUGCUAGCCCUGAUAGAUCUAAUCACCAUUGGGACUGCUGGAGUUGGCGGAUUGGCUGCCCAUUCUGUGGAUACUACAUCGCUUCUUAUCAGACAAGGUACAAACUUGGCAAAAGACUUGCUAGAGGAGCCCAAGGUUGGUGAUUGGACCUCAAUGAAGCAAGAUAACUUCUCGUGGACCCUAGGAGAAGCCGCCAAUGCCUGGCAUAACAUCACUGCAGCCUCUCUCGAAAGUCUUUUCGACGGGAGCGAUAGCUCAAUAGAUACGCUGACAGGUAUCAUUUCUGAUGGCAAGCUCAUUUACGGGAAAUUAGUAGAUUAUGAAGGUGUUGAUAACUCUGCGCCUGAGGAUAAGUAUUUUUCUUCUACUGUCUCUUCGAGAAUUUUGUUUGCGUUCGCCAUCCCCGCCAUCUGGGCUGCCGCAGGGACGUUCCCUUUUGUCAUUGACUCGGGCUAUCCGUGUGGUACAAUUGACCCGCUCGGCACUUACCUCUCUGUGGAAACGAUGCAUGCGACAGCUAGCUGUGUUGACGACCAAUUGUACUAUCUAGCCUCGCCAAAAGGCGAGGCACAUACAUUUAUACCUCACGUCCGCGGCGGAUAUUACAGACACAACAAGUUUUCGGCUCUGCCUGGGAUCGAGAAUUUAAACCAUGGGAACGACUAUAGAGGCCUUACUUUAGAUGAUCUAGUCAAGGGAGCUGUCCGCACAUACAAGCAGAAUGGCGGUAGAAACCUUGUCAAAGGCAACAACGCUGGGGCUCGUGACAAGCUCAUAAGUCAAGAUCUCACCUUGGAAGAUUUCAUCCGCAUAGGUCAAGACAUCACGACUCCGGGCUUGAUCCGUAUCCCUGUCUGCAGCCCUGAUACGGCCCUCAAGGGAUGGCUGGGACCUAACAAUGUUUGGUGUCGAAGUCCUAUAACGGAUGGAAACAAUGCCUUCUGUUUAGGCGCACAGAAUAUCGUGGAUAUUAUCACGGAUAUAAGCCAGUUUGUCGAAGAUGGUAGGGUUGCUGUCAAGGGCGACAUGUUAUGUAGUAAUAUGAUAUUUGAUUUACAAGGUAAUAAGGAAUAA